GUUUAGCUAUCUUUAUGAAGAACAAGAAAAGGAAGCUGUAAAUCUUUUUCUGGCAGAUCAAAUGAAUACUUUAACAAAUUACGAAGAGAAGAUUGAGUUCUAUUACAGACUUGCAGUAAAUAUACCGUUAGAAAUUGAAAAGACCAUGUUCGAAAAAUUUUUCGAAAUCUCUCUCAAGACAUUCAUCGAAUUUUUAGUUAAUGAAGUUACUGAUUUCAAAGAUGCACUAAUUAAUCAUUUAGUUACUAUAUAUCAGGAUAUCGCGGAAAACAUUAUACAAGAAUAUAAGACAAUAACGGAUAAUAUUUUGAGUCAACCAGCAAACACUGCAGUUUUAAUGGAGUUGAUCGCUUAUGUAAGAAAAAUCGAGGAUAUCACGCUGACGAAUUUAGAAGAUGAACUGCAGACAGUAAUGGAUCAUAUUCUUCUUCUUUCGAACUAUCACUUAUUGACGAACGAAGAAAUAAAUAGGAAUAACACUGCCUUCCAAUGGUAUCAUAAGAUUCCCGAGAUUCUAGAGGAUAAUCGAUUGAUGGUCGAGAUUAAGAUGCGAGAAUUUCAAGACGCUCUUAAAGUUAGGUAUCAAAAAUUUAAAGAAGAAUUGCAAGCGUAUGCCGAACAGGUGGAAGAAGUUCAAUAUUGGGGGGACAUCGAUGAGGUGUUCCGAUAUCAAAAGAAGGCUCAGACCUUGGAGAAUAAGUUGAUCGCCGCUAUGGAGAAGAUCGACAAAUUCAACGAGGAAGAGACAUCCUUUGGUUGGGAGAUAACUCAAUAUCCGUUUCGUAAAAAAAUUGCUGAUCGAUUGGUACCUUUUAAGAGACUCUUCGAUAUUACUUGCGAAUACCUUACCAAACACGACCAAUGGAUAAACUCCACGAUCGGUAGUUACGAUCCAGAAACUAUUAACGACGAAGUUGACCAAGCUUAUAGAUCGCUUUAUAAGUUGGAAAAAAGUUUUAUAGAGCCUGAAUCUAGAAAUUUAGCUGAUGCGGUACUCGAAAAAAUAGAAGAUUUUAAAGAUCGUAUGCCUAUAAUCUUGACGCUCGGUAAUCCAGGAUUAAAGGCUCGUCAUUGGGUUCAAAUUUCGGCUAUUAUUGAUAUCCCUAUAAAAUUUGAUGCCGAUCUAACUCUUGGAAAAAUACUUGAUAUGAAUUUGGACAGAUAUAUUGAUCAGUUUGAAGAUAUAUCCGAGAAUGCUACCAAGGAGAACAAUUUAGAGAAGGCAAUGGAUAGGAUGGAAAAAGAGUGGUCAGAUUUAGCUUUCACUAUUAAUCUUUAUAAGGACACUGGCACGUAUGUGCUUGCAAGUGUUGAUGAGAUACAAUUGUUGCUCGAUGAUCAUAUCAUGAAAGCGAUUACUAUUAGAAAUGCGCCGCAAAUCAAGCCUUUUGAACCACGAAUUCUGAAAUGGUUACACAAGCUACAUUUAUUGGAAGAUAUUUUGGAUCAGUGGUUGAAAGUUCAAUCUAUCUGGAUGUAUUUAGAACCGAUCUUUUCAUCCCCCGAUAUUCAACAACAAAUGCCGGAGGAAGGCCGAAAAUUUUCAGCAGUUGACAAGACGUGGCGCGAUAUCAUGAAAAAUGUCGAAGUCGAUCCUCGCGUAUUAAACGUCAUCGAAAUAGAUAAGAUGUUGGAAAGGCUGAAGAAAAGUUUUGCCUUCCUCGAAUUAAUUCAGAAAGGUCUUAAUGAUUAUUUAGAGAAGAAAAGACUCUUCUUUCCCCGUUUUUUCUUCUUGUCGAAUGACGAGUUAUUAGAAAUACUUUCGGAGACCAAAGAUCCUAUGAGAGUUCAGCCACACUUGAAGAAAUGUUUCGAAGGAAUAGCCAAAUUAAAGUUCAACGAAGAACUCGAAGUGUUAGCAAUGAUAUCAUCCCAAGGCGAAGAGGUACCUUUGACAGAUACGAUAUCAACAACGGCAGCAAGAGGUCAAGUCGAGAAAUGGUUGAUCGAACUGGAAAAACUAAUGCGACAAAGCAUACGGCAAGUCGUAAAAGACGCGAUAGAUGCUUAUUUCAUAAAGGAAAGAGUGGCAUGGGUUUUAGAUUGGCCCGGGCAAACGAUUCUCUGCGUUGGACAAAUGUAUUGGACUCAGCAAAUCGAAGAAGGGAUGUUACGUGGUAUUGACGGUUUACGCGAUUAUUUCAAUCAAAGUCAAACAGAAUUAAAUGACAUCAUAUCGUUAAUAAGAGGAAAGCUAUCGAAGCAGAAUCGUAUUUCACUAGAAGCUUUGGUUACAAUGGAUGUUCACGGGAAGGAUGUGCUCGAAAAUCUCUGUCAGGAAAAAGUAACGAAAAACAGUGAUUUCAGAUGGCUUUGUCAACUUCGUUAUUAUUGGAUGGACGAAAACAUGUGGGCUUACAUGAUAAAUUCGUAUAUACCAUAUGGUUACGAAUAUCUUGGAAAUACAUCGAGAUUAGUGAUCACACCAUUGACCGAUCGAUGUUAUCGUACACUGUUCGGUGCUUUGAGUCUUCAUUUGGGUGGUGCGCCCGAAGGACCAGCAGGAACGGGAAAAACUGAAACCACAAAGGAUUUGGCAAAGGCAAUGGCCAAGCAAUGCGUCGUCUUCAAUUGUUCGGAGGGUCUCGAUUAUUUAGCUCUUGGUAAAUUCUUCAAAGGUAUUGCUUCUUGCGGUGCUUGGUCUUGCUUCGACGAGUUCAAUCGCAUCGAUCUCGAAGUCCUUUCGGUCGUUGCGCAACAAAUCUUAACGAUACAACGUGCUGUCAAUGCCGGCGCCGAAAAGAUUAUUUUCGAGGGAACGGAGAUCUUUUUAGAUCCUACCUGUGCUAUCUUCAUCACGAUGAAUCCUGGUUACGCUGGAAGAUCGGAAUUACCGGAUAACUUGAAAGCUCUCUUCCGACCGGUUGCCAUGAUGGUACCCGAUUAUGCGCUCAUAGCCGAAAAUACUCUUUAUUCUUACGGUUUCUAUAACGGAAGACCUCUCGCUGUUAAAAUCGUUACAGCUUACAAGCUUUGCUCCGAGCAACUUAGCAGUCAACAUCAUUACGAUUACGGUAUGAGGGCCGUUAAGUCGGUUCUAAUUGCUGCUGGAAAUUUGAAAUUGCGAUAUCCCGAGGAAUCAGAAGAUAUAUUAAUAUUGAGGAGUAUCUUGGACGUUAAUCUCCCAAAGUUCCUCGUUCACGAUCUUCCACUUUUCGAAGGGAUAGCUUCGGAUUUAUUUCCUGGCGUUGUGCUACCUACUCCAGAUUAUACGCAUAUUAACCAGUGCACUAGAGACGCCUGUCAGGCAGCGAAUAUUCAAUGCACGGACAUAUUUCUUGUAAAAAUACAACAGAUCUACGAGAUGAUGAUCGUUCGACAUGGGUUCAUGAUCGUUGGCUUACCCUUUGGUGGAAAGACUACCGCUUACAGAAUGUUGGCCGAUUGCCUGGGUUUGCUCGAGGAUCGUGGACUGAUGGAUGAGCAUCGAGUGGAGAUUACCGUCAUCAAUCCUAAGGCUAUCACGAUGGGUCAACUCUAUGGUCAGUUUGACCCUGCCUCUCACGAGUGGAGCGAUGGAGUGCUCGCCGUUAGUUAUAGGGCAUUUGCGGUUUCUACUAACGAGAACAGAAAGUGGCUGGUAUUUGACGGGCCCGUAGACGCAUUGUGGAUCGAAAAUAUGAACACCGUACUGGAUGAUAACAAAAAGCUCUGUCUCACUUCGGGAGAAAUUAUUCAGUUGGCGCCCACGACGAAUUUGAUUUUUGAACCCAUGGACUUGGAGGUCGCCUCUCCGGCUACUGUAUCGAGAUGUGGUAUGAUAUACAUGGAACCGGUCAGUCUCGGCUGGAGGCCGCUAUUGACUUCUUGGAUGAACACGCUUCCUCCUUCGAUCAACGAACACGUUAAAAAUCAUCUGGAGGAAAUGUACGUGAGAUUCUGUCCACCUCUUUUACACUUAAUACGUCGUGUUGGAGCUAAGGAAAUAAUUACGAUGCCAGAUGCUAAUCUUACGAAAUCCGUUAUGCAUUUUUUUGAUUGUUUCAUGGACGAUUUUUACGACGAAAAUUAUAUUCAAACAUUAUCGGAUUUGGAUGUUAGGUCUCAGAUAGAGGGUUGCUUCUUAUUUUCGUGUAUUUGGGCGAUGGGCGGAACGCUGAUGGUAAAUUAUCGAGAAUGGUUCAACAUACUUUUUAGAGCUUUGUUAUUUACCGAAUUCCCAAUUCACAUCAGAGAACGUUUUUCUAUAACCGACGAAAUACCUGAUUUAAAAAAGCCCUAUGUCUCUGUUAUACCACUUAUCGGGUUGGUUUACGACUAUAAAUUUAUAAAAGAAGGUAAAGGAAAGUGGAAACCAUGGGUGGAUGAUCUGCAAGAUGUUCCGCCGAUACCACGAGAUAUACCAGUAAAUCAAAUAAUUGUCUCCACCGUCGAGACGAUACGAUAUUUUCAUAUUUUUCGAUAUUUAAUACGUCAUCAUAAACCUGUGCUUCUGGUUGGUCCGACUGGUACAGGAAAGUCGGUAUACAUUAUGGAUUUUCUUCUGAAGAGGAAUGAUGCUGAGAUAUUCAAGCCGCUCUUUGUAAUAUUCUCGGCACAAACGACGGCCAAUCAGACGCAGGAUAUUAUUAUGAGUAAAUUAGAUAGAAGGAGGAAAGGAGUGUAUGGGGCCACACCCGGUUCUUAUUGCGUCGUUUUCGUCGAUGACAUUUCUAUGCCUCAGAAAGAAGAAUUUGGUGCUCAGCCACCCAUCGAGUUGCUUCGACAAUUAUUGGAUCAUUGGUCCUGGUAUGAUCUACAGGAAGUGGCACCGAUCAAGCUGAUGGAUAUUCAAUUAAUUUGCGCGAUGGGACCACCGGCGACCGGUCUCGAUGUUACGCCGAGAUUUAAGAGGCAUUUUGUUACAUUAGGCAUUUCCGAAUUCGACGACGAGGUCAUGACGACGAUCUUCAGUAAAAUCAUGUUCUGGCAUUUGAGAGGCCAAGAUUUUCCACCUCUUUUUGAUUCUUGCGUCGAUUACAUCGUUAACGCUACAUUGAACAUUUACAAAAAGACUAGGCAGAAUCUUCUACCUAUACCUUCUAAAUCUCAUUAUCUGUUCAAUCUGCGUGAUUUUUCAAGAGUCAUUCAAGGCAUCUUGCUUUCCACUCCCGAAUCGAUUUCUAGCCUAACGGGAAUGAAACGUUUGUGGGUUCACGAAGUCCUUCGCGUUUACGGGGAUCGUCUUGUGGAUGACAGUGACAUUCGAUGGUUGGUCGAAGAGAUAAACAGUACAUUGAGAGAUUAUAUGGACGAUAAAAUGGAACGUCUUUUCAAGGAUCUCCUUGAAGAAUCUGAAACUGAAAUAACGGAAUUGCAACUACGGAAUUUAAUUUAUUGCGAUUUCCAAGAUCCAUUGGCUGAUAAAAAAUUAUACACAGAGGUGGAAGACUGGGAUGAACUUGCUUUUAUAGUGGAAGAUUAUCUGGCAGAAUAUAACGAGUUAUCGAGGACACCCAUGAAUCUCGUUCUCUUCAGGUUCGCGAUAGAACAUCUUUCAAAGAUUUGCCGAGUAAUGAUGCAGCCUCGAAGUCACGCAUUGCUCAUUGGCGUCGGUGGUUCCGGUCGGCAAUCGUUGACGAAACUGGCCGUUCACAUUUCGGAUUAUGACCUUUUUCAAGUAGAAAUGUCUCAACAGUAUGGUCUCCACGAGUGGCACGAGGACUUGAAGAAUAUUUUGAAGAGAAGUGCUGCGAGCGAUCUGCACACCGCAUUUCUCUUUAUGGACACUCAGAUCAAAGAGGAAAUUUUUCUGGAGGAUGUGAGCAAUUUGCUAAAUUCCGGUGAAGUUCCGAAUCUUUUCGCUCUCGACGAGAAAUCGGAGAUAUGCGAGAAUAUGCGACAAAUCGAUAGGCAGAGAGACAGGUCGGUACAAACCGAUGGGAGUCCCGUAGCUCUCUUCAACUUCUUUGUACAGACAGUUCGAGAGCAUUUGCACGUGGUUGUGACGAUGUCACCAAUCGGUGAGAAUUUCCGAAUAAGAGUUCGUAAGUUUCCUGCUUUAGUCAACUGUUGUACGAUCGAUUGGUUCCAACCUUGGCCGGAGGAUGCGCUUCUCGCGGUGGCUACCAAAUUUCUAAAGGAUAUAGUAAUGCCGGUCGAAGAACGCAAUGCUUGCAUCGAAAUGUGUCAAUUCUUUCAUACGUCCACGCAGGAACUUUCAAUGGAAUUUUUAAAGAAGGCGAGGAGAUACAAUUACGUCACGCCCACCUCCUACCUCGAAUUAAUUAACACGUUCAAAGAUCUUCUAGGGAAGAAAAGGAGAGAAAUUCUCGAAAGUAAAAGAAGAUACGAAGCGGGCCUUGGAAAAUUAGACAGUACGCAUAAACAGGUAGAGAGAAUGCAAGAGAUACUGGUGGCUUUGCAGCCGAAAUUAAUAGUUGCUGCCAAAGAUGUCGAAAUGAUGUUUCUUGACGUGCAAAAGGAGAGUAAGGAAGUUAGCGAGAUGGAACAAGUCGUCAAAGUAGACGAACAAGCUGCUUUGGUGGUUGCUGCGGAGGCAGAUGCGAUACGUGCGGAAUGCGAUGCCGAUUUGCAAGAAGUUAUGCCGAUAUUAAAUGCAGCGAAUGCCGCUCUGAACACCCUGACAUCUCAGGAUAUUCAGAUCGUUAAAUCCAUGAAACGUCCUCCGGCCGGUGUGAGACUGGUCAUGGAGGCUGUUUGCGUACUGAAGGACGUCAAGCCGGAUAGAGUUCGCACGCCAGAAGGAAUCGUAGAAGAUUAUUGGAAGGCCUCUCUUCGAAUUUUAGGGGAUAUUAAAUUCCUAGAGUCGCUUUUACUCUAUGACAAAGAUAAUAUCCCAGAAAAAAUAAUGACGAAGAUACGUACGACCAUUUUGACAAAUCCGGACUUCGAUCCUGAAAGGGUUAGGCACGUUUCUACGGCUUGCGAGGGUCUCUGUAGAUGGGUUAUCGCGUUGUCGGAAUACGACAAGGUCGCUAAAAUCGUCGCGCCUAAAAAAGAAGCGUUGGCUCGAGCGGAAGGUGACUAUGCUGUUGCUAUGAAACAAUUGAGCUUUAAGAGGAGUCAACUGGAAGAGGUGCAAGAAAGACUGGCCAAGUUGGAAAAGCUUUUGGCUCAAAGAGAGGCCGAAUAUAAAGCCAUGAACGAUGAAGUUCUCGAUUGCGAAGAAAAACUCAGGAGGGCCAAAGAAUUGAUCGGUGGUUUGGGAGGAGAAUAUACAAGAUGGUCCGACACUGCUAAGGUCUUGGGAGAACGUUACUAUUCAUUAACCGGUGACAUUCUCAUUGGAUCCGGUAUUGUAGCCUACUUGGGUGUCUUUACGACGCAAUAUCGGCAGAAACAAAUUGAAAACUGGGUACAAAUUUGUAUGGAUCUCAAGGUGAUUUGCACGGAAGACUAUCAGUUGACUCAAGUCCUUGGUGAUCCUGUCCUGAUCAGAUCGUGGAAUAUUUUUGGUCUUCCGAGUGAUCUCUUUUCGAUCGAUAACGCAAUAAUCGUAACGAACGCUCGACGAUGGCCACUCAUGAUCGAUCCUCAGAGUCAAGCGAACAAGUGGGUGAAGAAUAUGGAGAAGGCAUCCAAUAUUAACGUUAUUAAAUUGGACCAAUCGGAUUAUAUGAGAGUUCUCGAGAACGCCAUACAGUUCGGUCAACCUGUGUUACUGGAGAACGUUGGCGAAGAAUUGGAUGCCGCUCUGGAACCUCUUUUAUUGAAGCAGACUUUUAAAUCUGGCGGUGAGAUUUGCAUUAAAGUCGGGGACUCCAUUAUCGAGUAUUCCGAUAAAUUCCGAUUUUACAUCACCACGAAAUUACGCAACCCACAUUAUCUGCCUGAAGUAGUAGUGAAAGUUACUUUAUUGAAUUUUAUGAUUACUCCUAUUGGACUGGAAGAUCAACUUUUGGGUAUCGUCGUUGCAAAAGAGAGGCCGGAUUUGGAGUCAGAAAAGAACCAGUUGAUCAUACAGGGUGCAGCCAAUAAAAAAAUGCUAAAGGAAAUAGAAGACAAGAUAUUGGAAGUAUUAUCCGCCUCGGAGGAGAAUAUUCUCGAAGAUGAAACGGCGAUUCGCAUACUCAGUUCUUCGAAAACUCUUGCCGACGAGAUUCAAGCUAAACAAGCAGUUGCCGAGAUCACCGAAAAGUCUAUCGACGAUGCAAGAUUGCAAUACACGUCUAUCGCCGUUUAUAGCACCGUUCUCUUUUUUACAAUCGCGGUUUUGGCAAAUAUCGAUCCGAUGUAUCAAUAUUCUUUGGUUUGGUUCGUCAAUCUCUUUAAACAUACUAUCGAAAAUACUCCAGUAGUCGAAGAUAUACAGCAACGAUUGCAAGAUCUCACCAAAUUUUUCACUUAUUCGCUCUACGUGAACAUAUGCCGGUCGUUGUUUGAGAAAGAUAAGCUUCUCUUCUCUCUGCUUUUGGUGGUAAAUCUAUUGAACAAGGAAGGCGAGAUAUCGAUGGCACAAUGGAUGUUUUUGCUAACAGGCGGUGUUGGUCUUGAGAACCCUUUCGAAAAUCCUACCAAAUGGCUUCCAGCAAAGUCCUGGGAUGAAUUGUGUCGCCUGAGCGAAGUUACGGGUUUUCUGAAAAUCAAAGAUGCUUUCGUCGAAAACAUCGACGCUUGGAAGUUCAUAUUUGAUAACAAAGAACCUGAAAAAUUAACUUUUCCUGCACCUUAUGAUAAACUUUCUUUGUUCGAAAGAAUGCUGGUGAUACGAUGUAUACGACCUGACAAAGUUGUACCCGUUGUACAAAAUUUCGUCGUAGAACAAUUAGGACAAGAAUUCAUCGAGCCGCCAACAUUCGAUUUGGUAGCUGCUUUCGCGGAUUCGCAUUCUUGUAUACCCCUUAUAUUCGUCCUUACACCUGGUGCCGAUCCUAUGGCAAUUUUAUUGAAAUUCGCCGACGAUCAGGGCUUUGGAGCUAAUAGGCUUUUUUCCUUGUCCCUUGGUCAAGGACAAGGUGUUAUCGCUACAGAACUCAUCGACGAGGGUACGAAAAAUGGUACUUGGGUUGUUCUACAAAAUUGUCACCUUGCUAAGAGUUUCAUGCCAAAUUUGGAAAAGAUUUGCGAUAAUUUCACUAUCGAAACAGUGCACCCGGAUUUUCGAUUAUGGCUGACUAGUUAUCCAGUUGAUCACUUUCCGGUUAGCAUACUUCAAGAUGGAGUUAAGAUGACCAAUGAACCUCCUAAAGGAUUGCGUGCUAAUAUCAUCAGGUCUUACUUACAAGAUCCCAUAUCCGAAGAAGAAUUUUUCGAAACGUCGAGGCAAAUAGAAAAUUUUAAGAAACUUUUAUUUUGCCUAUGCUUCUUUCAUGCGAUUGUACAGGAACGAAGGAAAUUCGGUCCGAUCGGUUGGAACAAUCAAUAUGAAUUUAAUGAGACCGAUCUCAGAAUCAGUGCUCUUCAAUUGAAAAUUUUUUUGGAUCAAUACGAAGAUGUUCAGUUCACUGCAUUGAAAUAUUUGACAGGCGAAUGUAACUACGGUGGACGUGUAACCGACGAAUGGGAUAGGAGAACGUUAUCAACGAUUUUAGAGAAAUUCUAUUGCAAGGAAUCAAUAACGAUAGAAAAUUAUUCCUUCGAUGAAACUGGUAUUUAUUAUGUGCCGCAAGUUGAUAAACACGAAGAAUUUCUCGAAUACGUUAAAUCGCUUCCUAUGGCAACUGCCCCCAGCAUUUUCGGUAUGAACGAGAACGCGGACAUUAUAAAGGAUCAGCAGGAAACACAUUUGAUGUUUACAUCGAUCCUGACUACUCAGGAAUCCGAAGAAGUAAAGAUAAAGAAAUUAAGGAGUAAGGAUACAGCAGAAACUGAAGUAGAUACAGGAAUAUUGCCAGACGAUAUUGUUUUCUCCGUCUCCAACGACAUUUUGUCAAAGCUACCAAAAGAUUUUGAUCUCACGGAUGCACUGAAAAAAUAUCCUACAUUGUAUGAAGAAAGUAUGAACACGGUAUUGGUUCAAGAAAUGGGAAGAUUCAACAAGCUGCUACAAACGAUUAGGAACAGUGUCGUGAACGUUCAGAAAGCGAUUAAAGGUCUUCUGAUCAUGAACCCGGACCUCGAAGAGGUAUAUACGUCGAUAAUGAUAGGAAGAAUACCGGAAAUAUGGAUGAGAAAUUCUUAUCCCUCGUUGAAACCACUUGGCAGUUAUAUCCUCGAUUUCUUGAGAAGAUUGACUUUCCUCGAGACGUGGUACGAGGAAGGUGCUCCAGUAACGUUUUGGAUCUCUGGAUUUUAUUUCACCCAAGCUUUUCUUACCGGUGCUCGACAAAAUUAUGCGAGAAAGUACAAGAUUCCUAUAGAUUUGUUAAUAUACGAUUUCGAACCGUUAAAAGAAACGUCAUUCAAAGUACCUCCUAACGAUGGGGUUUACGUUUACGGAUUAUUUCUCGACGGGGCUCGUUUCAAUAUGACGACUAUGAAAUUAGACGAAUCCUUGCCAAAAAUUUUAUACGAAGACGUACCUUACAUAUGGUUCAUCCCGAAGACGAAGGAUGAAAUAAAGGAAAGAAAUACUUACACCUGUCCAGUUUAUAAGACAGCAGAGAGAAGGGGUGUACUUUCGACGACUGGACAUUCGACGAACUUUGUAAUCGCUAUAUGGCUCCCGACGGAACUUUCAUCGGAGCAUUGGAUACUCAGAGGCGUUGCCAUGCUAUGCCAAUUGUCGCAUUAACGGAAGCGGAAAAGGGGAUCACUAGGCUUCUAUAAUGCACCCUCUCUCUCCCUGUCUCUCUCUCUCUCUCUCUCUCUAUCUUUUUAAUAAGUACGCGCGCGCGUACGCGUACGUAUGUGUAGAGAGCGACAGAGAAAGAGAAAGAGAGAGAGAGAGAGAGAGAGAGAGAGAGAAACGAAGCAAAAAGGAGAGGAUUGAAGGCCUUGAAAGAAGCCUUCAAUUUUGUUUACACUUCAUUCAUGCACAAUCACGUAGACGUAACGUUGACCGGCUCUAACGACGAAGAGAAUUCACGCGUAAGGGUGUACCCGAAAGGGUGUACCGAAGCGACGAUAUGGAUUUUAUCGGCAAUUAAAAAUAGCCUUUGCUGCUUCACACUUGACGUCCUUCGAUCGAAACAUCGUGCCUUUCUUUCCUCGCUACCUUCUCGAGAUGAAGAACAACUACUUAUAUUCUUCUAUAGCAUUUUUUUAUUCGUCUAUUUAUUUAUUAUAAGAAAUAGUAUAUUUUCGAAGGAAUAUGCGCUUCGCGAUGAUUGCUAGUACAUAAUGCUUGUCGAAAAUAUCGGAUAUGACGAUUGAAAAAUAUCGGAGGAAAUUCCUAUUUUUCAAUACGCACGGCCAGCUUCCCAUGAAAAUAUUGCAAAAGGUAAUGCGUCAGUGAGACGAUAUCUCUAUCCUUCUCUAUAUCUCUAUAUCUCUUUCUCUACAUUCGAAAGAGGAUAUUCGAGCUCUCGUUGCAACAUCAAAGCCAUCGUUCGAAGAAGACGAAUCGAGCGCGCGAAUCGAACGGCUUUCCAUCGUAUAAACUCAACAUUUUCAUGCAAGCUGCAUCCAACUAAAUCCAGCCGUGCCCGUCCGACGAAUAAACUCGCACACGAGCUUAACUUAUCCCCGAUGCGUGGAGAACUCAUCGAACUCGACUCACUAUUCACAUCGGAACAAAACGAAGCUUUGUUCGAUCGGUCGACGUCGUAGGACUAUCCACGAUUUAUACGUUAAAACCUACAAUCGAUGCUGAAAUCUUUCAGUCAUUCCAAUUCACAAAAUCUGAACUUAUUCUCUGAACUUAUUUCUGAAGAAAAGCGAUGGACCUUCGAUUGAUGGAUCGAAAGAAAAAAGCUCGAUUCGAUUUCAUCCACCGAAUUCGUCCUAUUCGAUUGGUUCUCACCUUUAGGACUAUACUUUUUCCUUUCUCCCCUAUCGUAAAUCUUUGCAGGACGGUCGAUCCGUGUUAAAGUCUUUUACCGUGAAAAAUCACUAACGUGAUCACUCGUUGGUUCUCAUGAACUAUCGAAAGGAUAUAAAAUUAAAAGAAAACGUUAUGCCAGGGGUUUAUCUUUAUCCAAGAGAAGAGAGGAGUAAAGAAGAGAAGAGAAGAGAAGAGAAGAGAAGAGAAGAGAAGAGAAGAGAAGAGAAGAGAAGAGAAGAGAAGAGAAGAGAAGAGAAGAGAAGAGAAGAAAGACUGUUUCGAUAUCGAUCGCAAUAAACAUAAAUUGAACAUAGUUGGGCUUGAUAUUCUAUCCAAUAUAAUGACUAAAACUACACAUUUCUCAAUUUGCGGAUUAAAUUUUCAUCAAAAUGGUAUUUCAUGCAAAAUACGACAUUUAUCAAAGGAACAUAUCAUGUUGAAAUUAAAAUUCAUCUAUGUUCAAUAUCGAAAGACUUAUCAAAUUCGAUUGAUUUUAAAUAUUAUAACGACUCGACUCACGAUCGCGUUUGAUUCAUCGAAACAAUGAUCACCUUGCUUUUUCAGGUAAAACGUGAAUUCCUAUGCAAAUCGUUAUCGUAAAUAUUGCAAGGGGAUAUCAAGAGGGCAAAGGCAGGUGCGGGAGAGAUUUCGAAGGCGAGGCGACGUAUACAUACAGCCAUGAGAUGAGAGAGAGAGAUAGAAGAGCCGCGGGCGUCGUGGCAGUAUCGAGGUGGAGGAAAAGUGGGUGGCACGCGCGCGCGCGUGUGUGUGUGUUACCUCGGUGGCGGCACCCUGUCUACCCGGACCGAGAUCGCCGGAGGCUCGUUGCCUAGCGACCCCGUAUUGAUCUCUCCCCGUAUCUCGGCUUUUCCCCUUUCUCGCACGUCUCUCUCUCUCUCUCGC